AUGUGCCAGAUCUCACGAUUGCAGCCUCGCCACCCAGGAGUGGAACUCCCCUCCCGCGUUCCCCUCCUCUUCCCCCUCUGCCUCCACGUGGGACUGCGGAGGUUACGCCUGCACCGCCGCCUCCCGCGCUCUCUUGCGCAGACCUUAAACCCUGACCAGCCGACAUCCAGGGGGUCGCCAUUGUCGCUCGUCCUGCCCCCGACGGCCUGCCCCACACAAUUCCCCAACCUCUCGUCGAGCUCCGUGUUUCCCAGUGAGUUGCUUGCUGGGUCGUGGGUGAUCCUUCCGUUGGUUGCUGCAUCCUUCUUGGCUGCUCGGUUCCCCGAUGCGCACGGUCCCAGCCCUGCUCCGGGCCGCCUCGGCGCUGGCUGGGCGCGCAGCUUCACCUUACUCCUUUACGGUGCGGCGCCAGAAGCGGCGCCGGUCACGGGACGCCCAGUUCCGUCCGCCGCCUGGCCGCGCCCCCACAUGUUGACGGUCACAGCAGCAGCAGACAUUCUGGCGGACUCAGCGGCAGUCGGCGCAGAUGGUUCGUUCAGGGGUUGUACUGGUUGCCUCGCUACCUCAGCUACAACUGCCGCAAUCUCCAUUUCCCCGAGAGGUGACAAGGACAACGCCACCAGUGGCGCCAGCGAAUCAUCCGACCCCUGCUCCACCUACGCCUCCUCCGCAGCCGCAACCCCGUGCACUGGUGGUGUUGUCGGCCCCGCAGUCUGCGCCGCGGCGGGCGCGAUUGAGUCGCCGUCAGAGGCGGCUGCAGGCACAGCAGCAGCAAGUGAGUGCGCCUCCCGCCCCAUUCCCGUCGAAUCCGCCUCUGCCACAACACCCUGCUCCCCCCGCCACGUCAAAUCUGGCCCCGCAGCAGCGACAUCCCCCCGCGCGCUACCUCCCCUCGUCGAGCAGCGCGUUGUGCACGUGGGGACGUGUUUGACGCUGAUGUCAUACAUACUAGACCAGCUCCACGUGUGUUUGGCGCGGAAAGGCUUGGAGGUUGGCGGGAUGUUGCCCGCUGAACGCUCUGCGGCGGUGGCAGCGGCGACGGAGAUGCUGCACUAUCUUCCUUUGAUCGGCCUCGUGCCAGACGCCCCUGGUGCAGCGCUCGGGCCCGGACCCCGGGUAGUGGUGAGGCUAGCCGAGUCUGCCCGGGAGGGCCCACUCGGACUUGUGUCAGCUGCCGCUUCCGUCCUUCAUUGGAUAGACGGGAGGUUGUGCUGGAUCCUCGCCAAGUGA